GUGUCCAGGCAACCACAAACUGCUUUGUGUUCCACUGGCCUGGAAAGAGGACAUUCUUGUGUGACCACUGUGAUUCUGCUGCCUCCCCGAGGCACUUGUCCCAAAGGACGCCCAGCCCACCCAUGUCAGGAUGAGCUUCUCUCUCACAUUCAUGGAAUUGGCCAACAUCGCCAUCCCGCAGUGCGGGGUGGUGAACUUCAGGGCACUGCAUCUCCUGCUGCAGGGCAUCCUGGAGCAUAUCCACCUGGCCCACCUCUCGAAAGUCCUCUCUGGGGACGAAGACUUCCUCCAGGCCUCACAGGCCAUGUUCAUGCCCAGGGAAGGAGAUGCCCAGCCCAGCCUCAACCCCAUGAAGCGGCUUGGCAAUGUCUUCGACCAUGUGGUGGAUCGCCUUGACAGGUUGGAGAGCAAGAUGGCUGAACUUCAGGGCCAGCCCUCCACUGCACAGCUACUGGCGAGCAGCCAGGGCACUGGCCAGCCUGUCCAGGACCUGUGGCAACUGAUCAAGCUCCGAAAGAUAGUGGAGGGUAAUGAGGAAGUCUUGAACAAGUCCAUGAAGACGUUGCAGGACUUGCUCACUGAUAUUUGUGCACUCAAGGCCACCACAGAAACUCUGAGGAAGGAUGUGGACAUGCUGAAGAACAUGUUUGGAGAGUUCCCUCCGGAAAGUCUGGGUUUCUUGCUUGAAGACCUGAGUGCGCAGAACCAGAAGAUGAGCCUGCUAUGGCGAGAAUUGAUUUCUGUCCAGCACAAGAUCAGUACCAUCCCAAAACGCGAGGACAUGGUGCUGUGGAGCAGCCUCCACGAGGCCAUGUUUACCCCAAAAACUGCUGCUGCACUCCAGCUGGAGCUGUCUGACACAUGGGACAUCCCGGAUGAUCUCCUAGGCAGUGGCCCCGUGCAGCCUGAGCACCUUGAAGCUGCCCGCCACGACCUCGUCCCACAGCCUGGCCAAGACCCCAUGCUCUUACAGACCACCUCGCAAUAUGAGGCCCCAGAGCUCCUACCAGAGCAAGAGUCUGACUACCAGGUUCCUCUUAGCAGUGUCCUGGGGCCAGACCAGUCUCAAGUUCCUAGGUCUGGACCUGCCCCAGGCACUUGGCCACUACCACCGGGAUGGUUUCUGCCAUCAGGAGGUGGGCCCAGAGCUGACACUUUGCCUGCCUUGGCCUCAGGCUUAUUCCAGUCCCGCCCAGUCCCACUAGAACUGCUGCAGCCGCCUCCAUCCCAGCUCUCUAGGGCUCCACCCCCAGCCACUGAGUUGGGUUCUGCAUGGCCUCGUCCAGUGCAGCCCUACCACCCUAGCCAGCUGGAGGCCCACCAGCUCCCCACUAUCAGGGAGAGACAGGGUGAAUUUCCUGCCCACUAUGUGACAGACUCUGAGGGUGAGACUCACAAGAAAAAGGCUGUCAAGAAAGUGCCCCCGAAGGUCCCCCCAUCGCCCACGCAGCCGGCGAGAACAACUGCUGCCUUUGCUGCAGCUGCAGCUGCAGCUUAUGCAGCUGCAGCCGCCAAGGCCGCAAGGUCCGCUGCCAGGGGAGUCAGGGAUAUCAGGGACGUCAAGGAUGUGCCAGCCACCAAACUUGCUGCUGCCGCUUCAGCAACAGCUGCAGCUGGACCCUUCCAUGCAUAUGCAGAUGUUCUGGGUGCAGGGUCAUCCCGCGGGGCAACAGGCUCCCUGGCCUUCAGUGACGAUAGUGAAGAGCUGGAAGACUCAGAGAUGGUCUCUCCCCUGUAUCAAGCUGAAACAGCCCUGCUCCAAGCUAUGCAGGCCAUGUCCCCUGACGACAAGAGGAGGGCCGUCAAGAAGUCCCUGGGCCACAUAGCCCAGGUUUCUGUCAGGCAUGACUCCCUGAAAGAAGAGUUCUCAAGGUUAUCCAGUGAACUUCAGCAGCGCUUGAUGUAUCUAGCUAAGAUGAGUGACACUUCCAAGCUUGGAUCAGCCAUGAACACACUGCAGGAGAAGGUCAGCAGCCUUCAGAAAUCCAGGCUGAAGGAGAAGGAGCUCGAGCAGAUUUGGGGCCACCAAAUUGAGGACAUAAAGAGUCACUACCUGGUGCUGGGCAGUACCGUGGACAAGUUGCAGUUCCGCCUGGAUGACUUCAAGACUCUGCAGGCUCAAGUCAAAAUGCUGGACUUGAACAAGGUGAACAAAAGCACCAUGGAGCAGGAGCUGAAGGAGAAAGCCGACAGGAGUGCCCUGGCAAGCAAGGCCAGCCGGGCUGACCUGGAGACGGUGGUGAUGGAGCUGAAUGAGAUGAUCCAGGGUGUGCUUCUCAGGGUUGUAAGCCAGGAGGAAGACUGGAAGAAGUCUGUGGAGCAGCUGAGGAAGGAUAUGGCCACCAAGCUAAUCCAUAGUGACCUGGACACACUAAAGAAAGACAUGGAAGAGAUAUGGACGGUCAUUGCGAAGCUGCUGAUCGAGGGCCUCCGAUUCGACCCCGACAGUGCUGCCGGCUUCAGGAAGAAACUGUUUGAGCGGGUGAAAUGCAUUUCUUGUGACCGGCCGGUAGAGAUGAUGAACAGCCCGCAAUUGAUCACCAUCCGCAAGGCCCAUCGGCUGGCGCAGCUCCGGCCAGCCAGUGCCAACAGCUAUGAGUACCUGCAGCGGCAGCUGAUGAGGUAUCAGCAACUGCAGUUACAGGAAGAAGGUCUGGACACCUUGGGCUCCAAGAGGGACUGGGGUGAUGGCCCCCAAAAUGAUGCCACCAGCAGGUUCCAAUCCAGUGACCUUUCCACGCUCUACCCCUACGGGGACCCCCAAGUGAUGGACUAUGACACCGCUGAGGUAGACAUCCUGGGUGUGGACGGCAUCCUAUAUAAAGGCCGGAUGACCAGCCAAAGUGGGGCUCGGGUCACAGCCAACGUGGAAAAGGAGCAGGCAGGGGAGUGGUGUUAGACCCUCCUAGGCACC